CAAGGGUGGGGAUUGCGUUCGGACUCAAGUGGAGGCUGCGUGUGGGCUGGGUCACACUUUAAAAGACACUCGCUGAGCUGAGUGACCAGUCAAGAGGUGCUUGAGUCAAAGGUGUUUGUUUUUUUUCCAUUUACACUUGCUGCUGGAAGGCAGACAUGGACAAGUUUGUGUGUUCAGUUGUGUUGGUGCUGCAAGUGGUGCGGCAUGGUGUCGCUCUCCCAGACAGAUGGCUGCCAGGGGAAUAUUCCAACACGCUGGCCGAUGCAGUCAAGUUCCUCAAAAAUUACAACAGCACAGCGGAGGAGGUUUUCUUCCACAGCGUGUCGGCCAGCUGGAACUACAACACCAACUUGACAGCGUAUAACUCUCAACUCCAGGUAAAUGCGUCGUUGGAGGAGCAGGCCUUCACUGAGGCUUGGGGGAUGAAGGCCAAGCAGGUGUUCACCAGCGAGGUGCUCAACACGCUUGACCCCAAAGAUAAGAAACUGAUGGGCAAAGUCAUGGUUCUCGGAGCCGCUAACUUGUCUCCUGAAGAAAGAGGAAAGUACAACACAAUUCUCAGCACCAUGGACAGUAUUUAUUCCACGGCUAAAGUGCAUCCGCAGCCAAACGUCAGUUGGAGCCUGGAGCCCCAUCUCAGGGACAUCAUGGCCACGUCGCGGAGCUACAAGAAGCUUCUGUACGCUUGGGAGGGCUGGCAUAACGUGUCAGGUGUUCCCCUCAAGGAGCACUACCCCAAAUUCGUGCAGCUCAGCAACAAAGCCUCACAAGCUGAUGGAUUUAAAGACACGGGGGCCGACUGGCGCUCUUGGUACGAGACGGACAACUUCCAGGAAGUCAUCGAGGGCUUGUACAAAACAAUCGAACCUCUCUAUCAGCACCUGCACGCCUUUGUGCGCCGACAACUCUACAAGCAGUACGGUGCCAAGUACAUCAACCUGCGAGGCCCGAUUCCCGCUCAUCUGCUGGGAAACAUGUGGGCCCAGACCUGGAACAAUAUCUACGGCUUGAUGAUACCAUUUCCUAACAAACCCAACAUGGACGUGACUGGAGAAAUGGUCAAACAAGGCUACAACGCUACGAAAAUGUUUCGUGUGGCCGAGGAGUUCUUCACAUCGUUGGGUUUAGCCCCGAUGCCUCAAGAAUUCUGGGACGAGUCCAUGCUGGAGAAACCCGAUGACCGUGAGGUGGUGUGUCACGCGUCUGCUUGGGACUUUUACAACCGCAAGGACUUCAGGAUCAAACAGUGCACCACCGUGACCAUGGAGCAGCUCUUCACCGUCCACCAUGAGAUGGGCCACAUACAGUAUUACCUCCAGUACAAGGAUCAACCCGUGGGGUUCCGUCGCGGGGCCAAUCCCGGAUUUCACGAGGCCAUCGGCGACGUUCUCUCUCUGUCCGUCUCCACGCCCAAACACCUGAAGACCAUCGGACUGCUGGAGUCGGUGACGUCUGACGUUGAAUCGGACACCAACUACCUGUUGAAGAUGGCACUGGAGAAGAUAGCCUUCCUUCCUUUUGGCUACCUUAUCGACCAAUGGAGAUGGGGCGUGUUUGGGGGCAACACCCCUCCGGAGCGUUACAACUCGGAAUGGUGGUACCUCAGGACAAAAUAUCAAGGCAUCUGCCCACCCACCAAGCGCACCGAAGAGCAUUUCGAUGCCGGCGCAAAAUACCACAUACCUGGAAACACGCCGUACAUCAGGUAUUUUGUUAGCUUCAUCCUGCAGUUCCAAUUCCACGAAAAACUGUGCCAGGCGGCCAAACACACGGGAGACUUGCACACGUGCGACAUCUACCGCUCUGCAGAAGCGGGAGCCAUUUUAAAAAAAGUUCUUCAGGCCGGUUCCUCCAAGCCUUGGCCUGAAGUGCUCCAAGAGGCUUUGGGUACAAACAAACUGGACGCAGGUUCAUUGAUGAGAUACUUUGACCCCAUUAUCAAGUGGUUGGAAAAACAAAAUGUCGACGAGGUUCUGGGAUGGCCUGACUUCAAUUGGGUUCCACCCAUUCCUGAGGGCUACCCAGAAGAUAUUGAUAAAAAUACAGAUGAGCUUGAUGCCAAGAAUCUUCUGGAUGAGUAUAACAGUACAGCUGAAGUGGCAUGGAACGCUUAUACGGAAGCCUCCUGGGCGUAUAACACGGACAUCAAUGAAGCCAACAAGCAGAUCAUGCUUCAGAAGAAUCUGGAAAUGUCAACCCACACUUUAAAAUACGGCCAACUGGCACGGGGCUUCGACACGGAAGACUUCCAGAACGACGCCGUCAAACGCAUCGUUAAGAAACUCAGAGACAUCGAGAGGGCCGCAUUGCCGUCAGCGCAACUUGAAGAGUACAACAACCUCCUGUCAAACAUGGAGACCAAAUAUAGCGUGGCAGAGGUCUGCAGAGAGAACGGCCAAUGUCACCCGCUGGAUCCUGACCUUCAGAAGAUCAUGGCAGAGUCCAGAGAUUACGAUGAACUCUUAUUCGCCUGGAAAGGCUGGCGAGAUGCGGCCGGCAAAGUGCUUCGCUCGGAUUACCAGCAGCACGUCGAACUGGCCAACCAAGCCGCCAGACUUAACGGUCACAGCGACAAUGGCGCUUUCUGGCGCUCUCUGUAUGAAACGCCCACUUUUGAGCAGGACCUGGAGAACCUUUGGAAGGAACUCGAGCCGCUCUAUCUCAGCCUCCACGCCUAUGUUCGCAGGGGUCUGUACAAUAAGUACGGCCCGAAGCGCAUCAACCUGAAGGGACCCAUACCUGCGCACUUGCUAGGUAAUAUGUGGGCGCAGACGUGGUCUGGCAUCAUGGAUCUGGUCAUGCCUUACCCACACGCCACGCAAGUUGACGCCACGCCAGCCAUGGUGGCAAAGGGCUGGGAUGCCAAAAGAAUGUUCCAGGAAUCCGAUAACUUUUUCACCUCUCUGGGGCUGCUGCCAAUGCCAAAAGAGUUCUGGGACAAAUCCAUGCUGGAGAAGCCCACCGACGGACGCCAAGUGGUCUGCCAUGCUUCGGCAUGGGACUUCUACAACAGAAAAGACUUCAGAAUCAAACAGUGCACCGUCGUGACCAUGGACGACUUGAUCACCGUCCACCACGAGAUGGGCCACAUCCAGUACUUCCUGCAGUAUAAGGAUCAGCCCGUGGCGUUCCGUGAGGGCGCCAACCCUGGCUUCCACGAGGCCAUCGGCGAUGUUCUGGCCUUAUCCGUGUCCACACCCAAACACCUGAAGACCAUCGGCCUCCUGGACAAAGUGGAGAACAAUCACGAGAGUGACAUCAACUUCUUGAUGAACAUGGCGCUUGAUAAAAUCGCCUUCCUACCUUUUGGCUACUUGAUGGACCAGUGGAGAUGGAAGGUGUUUGAUGGUCGCAUCCCGCCAUCUGAGUAUAAUAAAGAGUGGUGGAACCUCAGGAUGAAGUACCAAGGCCUGUGUCCGCCCGUCCCCCGCACAGAGGAUGACUUUGACGCAGGUGCAAAGUUCCACAUCCCUGCUAACGUUCCAUACGUGAGGUACUUUGUAAGCUUCAUUAUCCAGUUUCAGUUCCACCAGGCCCUGUGCAACGCCGCCAAGCACGUGGGGCCCUUGCACACAUGUGACAUUUACAAAUCGAAGGAGGCUGGGAAGCUUUUAGGAGACGUGAUGAAGCUGGGUUUCAGCAAACCUUGGCCCGAGGCCAUGACCAUGAUCACGGGCCAGCCCAAGAUGAGCGCCAAGCCACUCAUGGAAUAUUUCGAACCUCUCAUUAAAUGGCUGGAGCAAGAGAAUAACAAGAAUAAGGACAUUCGAGGGUGGCCCGAUUACGACUGGAAGCCUUUGACACAUCCAGACGAUGAGCCCAAGGUGGACUUCCUAGGAAUGAAGGUAGACAGUGCAUCUGCCGUCGCGGCCCAGUGGGUCCUGUUGGUCCUGGGUCUGGUCCUGCUGGUUGCCACCAUCUUCCUAGCCUACAGAUACAGGAAGUCAAAGAGGUCCAGCAGGUCACUAUCAACAAUGGAGCUCAAGCAAAAAGACUAAAGAGCAACAGGGCAAAAUGUGAAUAUCGCUGUGUUGGUCUUCUGUACAGUGCAUCUGAUCACAUUUGAUUUGUUUUGUUCAGUCUUGUAUAUUUACUGUACACUCCAAUUAUAUUUUUUUUGCCUAUGCAAAAUAACAUUUUGUAAUUUAUUUGUAAUAUGUUAAUAUGUAGGGAGGAUAUAUUUGUAAUGUGUAAGCUUUUUGGGGGGGGGGGGAUGUUUCUUAUUUCGACAAUAAAAAACCAAACGGA